AUGUCGGAGUCGGAAACACAGCGUACGUAUUUGGUCGGCGUCAACCAGAACGGCCGCUCGCUCAAGUUCCUAAACAAUAAAAACAACAUGGCGGCCGAGUCGCUCCGGAAGCAGCUAGCCGCGUAUGAGCGGCAAAAGACGAUCACGAUGUCGAACAUGGAGAGCCGCCGCCUCAACACGGAACUCUUCCUAAAGCGCGUUCGCUACCUGGAGCACGAGGAAGAUGAGCGACUAAUGAAGAAACAUGACGAUGACGAGGAAGAAACGCCCGACGUCAAACCCCGUGUCAAACAGAAACGUCAGCGUCAACAUAGGAUGCCGCGAAUGGCACAGACGGCGCCGGCAAAUGUAGGACAGGGUGGUGGGAGAAUCGGUGCUGCCGAUAGCAAACGCAAGUAUUUAAAGUCCGGCCCCGAAACCCAGGCCGAGCGUGAGCACAUGUUACGACGACAGGGAACGGGGGAUUCUCUAUCGGCGGUGAAGCUCGACCGGAAAGAGUCCAUGUUUCUACAGCUGUCCGGCCGAGGGAGGCACAUCAGCGAAUUAGUGUACCCAGAAAUACCGAGUUCAAAAACACCCAGACCGAACCCACGGACGUUGCUUGAUGUAAUGAUUGGUUUAAACGCGAUGCAUUAUUUGCCCACGUCAAAUACUAGCGAACAGUUUAAUGACUCUUUUCGUGGAGAUAGCCGUUUGUCAAUUGACCAUGAUUCCAUGUAUAGUAGUAAUGAAAAUACCGCGAAGAGGUUUAUGAACCAGUGGAAAUCUCAAGUGGCAUUUAGGAAAGGCAGUAUUGUGAGACGAAUUGACAAAGCGUUUAAUCGCAAUGUUUCGACUACAAAUUUGACCAGCGUUGCGGAGGAUCCGUCGAGGCUGAGGACGUCCCGCAUGAUGCUGCGACAGAGCAUGCAGAUGAGAUUGCCUGCCAUUGACGACGAUGAACGGAAGGAGACGUUCCUUGCAUGGAUGCAAGAGGAGAAGGAAAAAGCCGUCCAUGAUCCGUACCCGUUCUUAAACGACCGCAACAAUGUUAGACAGGCGCAGAGGCGACGCUCCUUCGUGGAAUGGCUAGAUAAAAGAACGAAAUUUAACCCUAAAACGGCAAAAGAAAAUGAAGACAGAAUGGCACCGAUUUAUAGUCUGUCUGAUGACGAGGAUGAAGACGACGAGCCACAGAACUUGGGUGACCUUAUGCGAACCUUACUUAAAGUCAAGAUGGCAUUUCGAGAUCCAUUGAAUGACCGGAUAAGGCGCUUUUACUCUGAGGUGGACGAGAUGGUUCGCCGGGACGAAACGGCGGCUAGGCGGCCCAUCGGGGAGGAGCUGCAGCGGCGCUGGAAGAGGAUCCUGCAAGGCGUAGACGCGGGGCACGCUGACUCUGGCGACGAGGAUUAUUACCUGAUGCUUUAG